AUGCAACACGAUGACAAUACCAGUCUAGUCUACUAUGAAUAGGUGUGGUGAUCACGCUCUUAGUCACCACCGCGUGCUUACGUACAGGAACUAUUCUAUUUACCAACUGACUAAAAAAUAUUCCUCCACUUUACGUUACUCGUAAUAUGAAGGAAGUACUGUACAUACAAUGUACAUGUACGCCUGGAGCUUGCAUGCCAUGUUGAAUAGAGUACGAGAGUUGGGUUGGUGCACGGUGUUGGCGUGUUGGUCUUAGAAACCUCAUUAAACCAUACAUUCCUUCUUGAUACGAGAGGGCACCUCUCAACCUCGACGGUCUGCAUUCCGUGGGGUUGUUUGUUUAUCCAAAUAGCGCAGAAAUAUUUCAGUCAGUGGGAUUGCGGUGUCUCCCCGCACAAAAGGUCGCGAUUUUACGGACUGCUUGACAGAGCGAUAAUAUCGUGGGACGAGACUGCGUGUGUGCAUAAACUCUGCGUAUAUAAAUAAUACAGUUGAUAUACCAGCAAUAUUGCCGGUGCACUGUUAAACCUUGAACGCAAUUGAACGGAAUAAUGUAUUGAGUUCAAAUGACAUGAACUACAUCUGAUGUUUUUCUUCGACCGCCUCCUCCAUCGUGCUAUGGUGUAGAUGUACAUGUGGAGAGACCCGUGGUCGUGCUCUAGUGGAACACGUGGUGAGUCAUCGGCGGAUUGGGGUGAACUUUACUCUGAGCUCUAUAGCCUGCAGAUUACCACCACUCAUAAAGCGGUGACAAACUUUCUUGUGACGGUGUGAAGCAAGUGCAUAUUUGGCGAGAUUUCCUGACAACUUGGGAUGGGAGUUGGGAAUAAUUUUGACUAGGUGAGAGGUGCGACACGAGACCGACCUAUCGCGCCGCAAGCAGUCGCUACACACAACUCAGCGUGGAUGGAGACGGUCUGUCGAACCGAAGGAAUUUCCCGUCAGGAGGGAUCAAAGUUGACGACUUGUGUGUGACUAGACUGUAUAACUUCACCGUUUUUACCGAAGGAGGUCAAGGGUAGGGCUAAAGCUUUUUGUGGAUAUACUCCCAAGGGCGGAAAUCUUACCGGGAAUAAUACAAGCAUUCAGAAGUGUUCUAUGCCCAGUCCCUCCAUUUACUUGCGGUAUCACAGACAGUGGAAUUUAGGUUCAGGGUUAUGAGACUUUUCCGUUUACAGUGACACCGUAUAGACUCCAUGGUUAAGUGCUUUAAAAUGCUUGUCAUUUGACAAAGAGUGAUUGAACGUAAAUGGAUUUUUUGUUUGGAUGUUAGACGACGGCGUGCGUACUGCGAUACAAGGUCAGGAGGUGACAUUACACCCUGGAGUUUUACAUCUGAUGCUCGUGGAACGAAUGGUAUGCAUCACACCCGACUGAUCUAAUUUUAAAGUCCCGAGCACUAGUGCUAGCGCAUAAUAGUGGUACUGAGGUCUAUACGUAGUUUAUAUCGAACAUGAAUGUUGUUAGAGUCGCUGAUCCGGCAGCCAUGGCGGCGACGGCAGGGACGUGCACCGAGCAAGACAUACGGCAGAUUGAACGGUUCUUCACCAGUCUCAAGAGUCGUGUAUACGUCUGUCCAGCCCUAGCCAAUCUCUACUUCACCACCUUACAAGAUAUGGCAAAUCUUGGUGGCUGGGAGCUCGCCACGACAGGGUUUCCUACAUUGAUCUUCGAGAACAGACAAAAUGAGCGGCGGAUUGUGUUGUGUAUCGCCGAGAAAGGGACUGGGUUUGUACAGUGGAAAGACGGUCUGAACCAAGACAGCCAGUACAAGUCUCCGGAGAGAAAUUUCCAUACUCUCUGUGUCUCUGGAGACGCACACAAACUGGCCGGUUUGAGUUUCGACAACGACCUUGCAGCGGCAGAGCUGCUAGACACCGUACACGCUUGGCUUGAUGAGCUGGCCUCGGAAGGAGACCCCGCUAACUCCAAGAAGAAAAAGAGGAAACAUAAAGAACCCAAAGUCACCCUGCCAAAGAAGGAGACGAUAUCGCAGCCGUGUAUGUUCGAACACGUCACAAAUUUGGACCACGAGAAAUUCGUCCAACGGAUGAUGGGCAAUGCGACCGCUGUUGCAAAUCCCCAACAAACUGGAGGUGUACCUCAACAAGAAAACGGAGACACUUCUAAAAUGUUGGCCUACGCUGAGAGCACUUCUACGGAAGAUUCGGGAAUGGAUGAACUUCACGAAUGAUGAUGAUCAUCUCCAAUAUCGGUCUACUCACCCUGUUAUUGUUAUAAGAGCAGUGUACAUUAUGCAAGUUUGAGAUAAGAUUACUAUGUGCCUUUAAAUUAAAGGUGGACCAGAAAAUAGCCUAUGCAAUAUUUAGACAUUCUUCCAUGCAAUUUGAAUAUUUUCCACGCUGUGUUGGUUGAUUGACAGAAAAUUAGAACAAGGAAUUCCGUCAGCAUUAUGAUUUCGGUUUUUAUUUAUGGCCGCUUUUUACAGUGGUUGGGAGACGUGGAUUUGUUUUUGCCGCUGUUCGAUAAAGUGAUUUGCUAUUGUGAUUUAUAAAUGUGGCAGCACCUUUGUGUUUGAGUUGUAUCAUUCCAUAGAUUCCAUAGAUUGCUUUGAGAAGUUUGGCUAUUGCGAAGAAGACGUGUGUAAAACGUCGUUGGUUGAAUGUGUACAACCAACCGUAGUUAAUUUAUGAAGUGUGAUACGAAUUACGAAUUGCUUAAUUAAAAGUAGUAACCGGAUAUAUAAGCCUACUGAUAACUGCUUGUUUGUCGCCAACAUUGUUUCUGAUCCCCAACGCGGCCUGUGCUCUGUCCAUUGCUAUUUGUGCGCGUUUUAAUGCGGAGUUUAAACAUUUAAACGGCGUAACUCAUCUUUAUUUUAAUGGAUCGAUAUAUAUUGAAAUGAAAGGCGAAAGACAAUAAUACACUGCUUAUACUGAACACAGCUGAUGAGAGGGACGGCGCUCUCAGAAAUUGGCAUCUAUUAGGACAUAAAACAGCUUUGCUCUCUCAGCAUGAUUUUUUUUAAUAUCUGAUAUCCAAAAAAAAAACCAGCUGGUAUUAUAUACUAUCGAAACCGCAGUCCACUUUUGUACGUUAAUUUAAUAUUGUUUAUGUUUGUCUUUGAAAUUUUGUUAUUUAUUGUAGCGAACAUUACUUCUUUCAGUUAAUUCUGUUUUAGUGACAGUUUGUCAAAUUGUGAUUGAUGUUAUUAAGUUUCUUGUUAUUGAUUUGUGAAAAAAUGGGUGGGUUUUUUUUCAAAUGUUACUACCAUGUGUCUUCGUGUAUUUGCUUUGUGGUUUUGUGCAACAUAACAGUUUUUAUAAUUUAGGCGUAAAUUAUAGAACAUUUUGUGGAAUAUCUAAAAAAAAAAAUAAUAAACAACUCAUAUGCAUAUUAAAGCAACUGUACAACAGUUUCCUUUCACUUUUAUCAACACACCCCAUUUUCUUAUAUCAACAAACUGUGUGUAUCGGGUUUUGUUACAGCGAUACCUAAACAUAAUUAUGCAAAACCGUUUUCUAUUUCACGACUGUACAUGUUUUACAAUACUGGGAAAUGUUAUGAAAUAUUUAUCAACGAAACAGAAAGAAGUAACAGUGAUACUGCUGCUUGAACCAGGUAUCCAUGUACAUUGUUUACAGUUCAUGCGUGGGAAAUUUCAUUUUUAUAUUGCUAGUAGUUUGGAGAUAUAGUGGUUGUAAAAAUUGAAGGAAUGUCUGAUGGAGAGAUGGCGGUACUUGGCUUGGGUCAAAGAUCACGUACGUGUAUUAUUAUUGGAAACUAAUGACGCUUGCGAAAGGGACACACUGUCACGUGACUUGUUCUGUAAUAAGUUUUAUUGUUGAAGUCAAGUGACGUAUGUGUUAUUAAAAAAAGAAGGACGCAAUGUUUUGCAUAUUUUUUGUAUCUUGUGUUUUUACGUGGUUAAAUUCACAAGCUAAUCAUCAUUCGAGAACCGCCACAUUUCAAAGAAUUGAGUGACGUAUUUUGUACGUUUGUGAUGGGUCGGUGAACCCAUAAAUGCCCCUAUUUGAUCCUUUUUCUCUCAUAAUCAGUGGUAUUAAAAAAGGUACACUUUAGUUUGGUUCGGAACCGCGUAGUUGAUUGUAUUUUAAGUAAAAACGAUACAUGUAUAUUUUUAAUGGUGUUUGCGGUCCUUUUAUUGUCAGAGGCAAUGAAUGUAUUUUAGAUAUCGAGUACACACACGCGAAAUAACUUAAUGCUGAUAAAAUAAAAAUGAUAAUUUUUUAAAUACA